AUGGCUCAAGUCGACCUCGUUGACACCAUCGCCCGAGUCGCCGGCGUCGGCACCAGGCUGUCCAUCGCGCUGUACACCUUUUCCGAGACCGUCGCUAUCACUACCACUCCCUUGGCCUCCUCGGCCUCAUCCUCCUCCUCAUCUUCUUCUACGACAAUCACGUCCUCCGCCUCGUACAAGGCUAGAGACCUUGCUCGGGAUGUGUCGCUGACAUGCUCGGUGUUGGCGGAACUACGCGCGAACCUGAAACCCCAGGAUCAUGAUCAUGACGAUAGUCACGAAAGCCAUGAUAAUGGCAAGGCCAAGCUGGACUCCAACGCCGACGCGGACUCGGACUCGGACGCGACGUUGAAGAUAGCCAAGGAGAUCGUGGUCGAGUGCGGAACCGUGUUUAGGGAUAUGGACGCCCUGGUCGCGAGAGCCGUGGAGAGCUCGUCGUCGUCGUCAAAGGGAGCCGUGAUCAUGGAAAUGGACCACCUCGGCGGAAACCUGGACCGGAUCAAGAGGACGCUCCUGAUGAUGCUUAGUGACCUGUUAAACGCGGCGGAUUCGACGGACGAGAAGGAGAGCUCGUCCAAGGACCACAACGACGACGACGACGACGACGACGACAACGCCUCCUCAAGGACGCUGCUAGGAAACAUGCUCCGCGCAAACGAGGAAGCUCGGAAAAAUCAUCAACCCGCCCUCAAUGCGACCGGAUCCCGCGAUAACGCACGGCCCGGCGACUCAACCAUCCAAAGCUGCCUGAGACACAUUGGCAACGCAUUGCUGCGGUUCGAACACACCAGUUCCGCAACCCAGCACCCUUCGCGUGUCCGCGUCCGGAUCGAACUGGAAAAAGUGUUCGGUCCCUCGCGGUACCAGCCGGGAAGACCGAAUCCGUGGGUCGUCCGGUCCAUUGUACGCAGCACGGCUCACCCCCGGCCUGAAUACGCCGUCCCUUCAAACCCCGAGCCGGACAUGUACUCGAGCGUCGCCGCGGGCGCCCUCGAGAGUCUGAACAUCGAGGAUUAUGACGAACCGCAGUAUUACAGCCGGGCACCGGCAUACCGAAGCGAUGGGGCAGGACGAGGCCCUGCUUUGGCGAGAGAGGCCCAGCAACCGCUCGAUCUCUCAGAGAGGGGACAAGGACAAAGAAGGUCAAGCCAAAAACCUUGGUAUUCGUCGGUGUGGGAAUCUCUUCCUUCGCCGACCACAGCAAUGGGUUCCAUUCAAGAAACGAUCAAAAAGACAAGUCUUCUUUUCGGGGCGGAUGAGGAAUCUGGAGAUCCAGACCCCGGCCUCAAGCGCAAUCAGCCCAGAGUCGGUGCAGCUGUUCCCCCUCAGAUACUCGAGCAAGGCAGCGCAAAAAUCACCAGGUCACCAACCUUUGAUGACAUUCUCCUGAGUCCUUCCAACAAAGGCCAAUCCACAUCUCCUCCGCCAGCCACGAACUUCAACCUCGAGAGGACUGCCGACUCAACCACAAGACCUUCUGAGCCCAAGACAGCCGAGGAACCAGCGAAACAUGAUUCGCCAGACCUCUCGGCCCCCGUGGCCAGCACGGCUGAACCCUCAAAGGAAGCAUCAGGCUCUUCUGUCGAUAACCCAGCAGGGAAGGAGUCGGCAGAUCAAAAGGAUCUCGACACAGUCUAUCAGCCGCCGAAGCCAUGA